UCAUCUGCGAAACAAAUGUCUCACAUUGGAAGAUCAGGCCCUCCCGAUAUCUCCGACACCUACUCUCUUCUCGUCCUCAACAUCACCUUCCGAACGACCGAUGAUGAUUUGUUUCCGUUGUUCGACAAGUACGGGAAAGUUGUUGGCAUCUUCAUCCUCAAAGAUCGAAGAACUGGCGAUUCUCGAGGCUUUGCAUUUGUUCGCUAUCAGUAUGCAGACGAGGCGCAGAAAGCUGUGGAUAGGCUCGAUGGGAGAGUCGUUGAUGGUCGGGAGAUAACAGUUCAAUUUGCGAAAUAUGGGCCUAAUGCAGAGAGGAUUCAUAAAGGAAGGGUUGUUGAACCAGUUUCAAGGUCAAGAUACAGGUCGAGAAGUCGCAGCCCUCGCAGAAGGCACCGGGAUGAUUAUUACAGAGAUAGGGAUUAUAGGAAAAGAAGUCGUACUAGGAGUUAUGACCGGUAUGAACGUGAUCGAUAUCGUGGGAAAGACAGAGACUCUCGACGUCGAAGCAGGAGCCGGAGUGCAAGUCCUGCCUAUUCUAAAGGUCAAGGAAGAGGGCGCUAUGAUGAUGAUCGGCGGAGUGGCAGUCGAUCAAUGAGUGCUUCUCCUGCUCGCCGCAACCCUAGUCCUCGGAAGAGUCUUUCCCCACGCAAGGCAUCUUCUCCCAGGGGUGAAAGUCCUGACAGACGCAGCCGUGACGGAGGAUCUCCAAGUCCUCGAAGGGUUUCACCACUGGGCCGUCUUGCUGAUUCUCGUAGCCCAUCUCCUCGGAAAUCUGAUGUUGAUGUUUGACUUUCUAAUAUAUUCUUUUCCCCAUCUCUUUAUUUAAUCUUUUCUAGUAAAAUUAUCUCUGAAAGCAGUUCUAAACUUAUGUAGUUUCUAGCUUGGUGUUGCAGUACCGACCAAAGAUUUUGUGAAGUAAUCUUUUGUUAUUUUUUCUUGUUACUUGUCUCCCUAACUAAUCUCAUGGAUCCACUUUAUCAAAGUUUUCCUUGUCUUUCUUUUCUAGUUAUUGUGUUUUCCACAUUCUAUGAAUGCUGAUUCAUCUCAAACCAUCUGUUGGGUUUUAUAGCGAUGUUCGGGGAAAGAGUGACCUGAGAAAAUGGGCAUGAUGUGGCUGUUGAUGCUGUUUAUGUCUGUAGAUGAAUGAUCGUGAUUGUGAUGCUGGUGUAUGCUGAUUGCAGGGGACAGUCUGUUAAGUAUUUUUUUUUUAACUGAUAUGAUAAUUGGUAAGAUCUGUAGUCAAAAGUUUUGAUUUUUGGAAUGCCUCUGCAUCAUUCAGGUGUUUGAUAUUCCUUUUAAUCUAUCCCCUGGAUUUACUGUUUUCAAAAGUCGGCACCGACAUAUAGUUGAAUGCCAUGCAUGAGACCUGAACCUCAUCGAACCAUAUAACCUUUUUCCCCCUCUGUAACUGUUUCAUUCAUAUAUUUCGGUAUUCAUGUUUAACCGCACCCUAAUAUUUUGAGAUGUAGCGAAGUUGUCCAUGUCUGUAGCUGCGAAGUGAUGGUUGUGCCGGUCUGUUGUAAGAAACAUAUGGUUCGUGUUUAACCGUAGCCUACCAACAAAUAACCUGUAGCAGGCUCUUGAGUAACGUUGAUUAUGGUCUUAGCGUUUGCAUGGCUUUCCUGUUGUUCUGCUUGAAGCGGGCUGUCGCAGCGAUUUCUUCGGAGUCAUGUCAGUUUUACACUAUAUUAUCAGUCG